CGAGAACUUAAACAAAAUAGUAUGAGCACAGACACGUAAUUUACUCCUAAUAGACCGAACGCGACUGCCGGACCCGUUGUCGAUUCUUUGCUCGCGUAAGGCCCCUACCUUCAAGGUGCAAAGCACACAAUGACCUCACAAGCUCAUGUGAAAACCAGUAAUGAAGUAGUACCAGCCGCUGAUAAACUGGUGAGCCUCAAGGCGACGCUGAAGGAUCUUGGCGCGCAACGAGAAGCCAUGGAGGAGGAAAUUGCAGACAUAUCGGAGCGCCUGAACGGGCCUGGAAUGCCGGGCCUCAAGGGCAGCCUGCUGGACAAGCAGGGCUUCCCCCGCUCCGACAUCGACGUGGCCGCCGUACGUCGUGACCGGCACCGCCUCAUCUGUCUGACUAACGACCACCGGGACGUUAGUGACCGACUGGCGGCACUGUUAGCGGACCUGCAUGCAGCCAUGAGGGAACAGGCGGCGGCAGCACAGCCCUCACAAGCUGCACCACAACCAGCAGCAGCAGCAGGGGCACCCGCCACGACGUCCUCCGCCCCUAUGGAUGUUGAUGGCGGCGCAACCGCUGCCACCAGCAGCGGCGGGGAGGCGGCACUGGCGACAGGGGCGGCGGGGCCAGCGGGCACCGCCGCAGUAGCAGCUGCGGCGGCAGCGGCCGCGCCGUUGCCAGCAGCCGCACCCAGCGGUCCGGCGCUGGUCCCGUUUGCCCUGGUGGAUGAAGUGUCGGAGGGCUCCCCUGCGGCCUCGGCUGGGUUGCAGGUGGGCGACUUGCUGUGCUCCUUUGGCGACGUGUCGGGCGCCGGCGCCCGCGAGGCAUCACCAGGCGCACCCCCUUCCGAGCAGCAGCAGCAGCAGCCGCAGCAGCAGCAGCAGCAGGUGCUACAGCUGGCCUCGACGGCGGCACUGCUCCAGCGCGUGGCGGGCGUGCUGGGCGCGAGCGAGGGGCAGGCGGUGGCGGCGACGGUGCUGCGCCAGGGCGCACCGGUGGUCGUGAGCCUCACGCCUCAGCGCUGGUCGGGGAGGGGGCUGCUGGGGUGCCACCUGAAGCCGUUGUAGGUUCGCGGUUGGUGGUUGCGGGCAGCGGCGGGUGGUUGGUUGGGUGGUUGUUGUUGGUUGGGGGUUGGGGGUUGAUGGCGGCUGAGGUGGUGGCGGGCGGGCAGAGGUGUGUACGCGGUACGUGUUUAAUUGGUCAGCGUAUGCGGGGGGGGCCGUCUGGCCCAAACUUUCGGCCUCGCAUUUCGUGCAGGAGGGUGUCCCCUGGCAGUCACAAAAUGCGGCUGUGGGUUAACUGAAAAGGAAAUGCCGCUUGGACAGAGCGCAAGGACAGAGCGCCCAGAGCAAGGCUGCAAGACGUUAUGUAUAACUACAAGGAGCCUGA